CAUGGACUCGACACCAAAUGUUCCUCGUGCCCAAGAGUUCAAUGACUACAUGAUUGUCAACUGGAUUGAUUAUGAUGCUCGCUUCCCCCUGCCGCUCUGGAACCACCAUGAUACCAAUGGGCCACGCACCAACAACAAUCUGGAAGGAUUCCACAACCGUCUCAACAAAGCAAUGCCCCACUACCACCCGAACAUCUAUCGUUUUGUGGACAUUAUUAAGAAGAUCGAGUUUGCAGACAGAGCCAAGAUUUCCCAGAUUGAUUUCGGCGCCGUUCCAUCCCGCAAGUGUGUGUACAGAGAGAUGAAAAACAGACUAGUUAGACUCAAGGAUCAAUUGCAGCAGAGAGUCAAGACGCCACUUCAGUUCUUAGAUGCUGUCGGCUUUCUACUGAAACUUGCUUAAGUGAUCAAGAGAAAAUAAGUGUAACUGCAUAAAUGUGCUUUGUUCUCUGGAUACAAUAUUGACAUUUUCAUUUUUUUUAUCAACAUAGUGCAAUUAUCAACUUGACAUUUUCAUUUUCAUGUGUGCUGGAUGCAAUUGUGCUUUGUUCUCUGGAUACAAUAUUGACAUUUUCAUUUUUUUUACCAAUAAAAUGAAUAAAUAAUUAUAAGCCUUUCUUUCAUUAGUCAUACAAUAUACAACAAUGUGGGAUCAUACCAUUUUUAUCUGGGUAACGGGCAGAUGAUUAAGUGUGCACCAAACCUUGACCUGUGUAGUAUGGGUAUGACUAAUGGGGGGAUACCGUUCCAGUUACUGUUAAUAUUGUCUGGCCAUAAAAACUACAUUUGUUCAUUGUGGUCCUUGGGGAAAACAUUAGGCAUUAAUUCUGUUGUAUUAUAACUACAUGUAAAAGUUACGUGCUGAAUAUAAAGAUUAUGGUUUACAAAUAUAACAAUACUUGCAUGUAUAUAGAUUAUGUCUGGUAUAACCAUGUACUUUUGACUUCCAUAAUGGUGUAUGUAGAUCAUAUAAACAUGACAUUUACCUUGGUGGUACAAUUUGAUAUAGUGACUAGAUGAUUUCGCACUAAAAAUAGACAGAUAAUUUUUGAAACAUACACUAAAAGUCACCAGUAUCUAUCAUUCAAUACCCCAUGAAAAACAAAUGAAUCUAAAACACCAAUAUCUUAGGUUUAUUACAUUUUUACAUGAUUUUGUAUACAUAUCUAUGUAUAUACAAUAUAGGACUCAACAAAAUUCCCUGAUAUUUUCCCAGAUUCCAUUACACCCAAAUCAAAAUCCCUGUUGUGAUCUAGAUUACCGUACUAAUGUGGACUGCACAUGUUUCUAAUUAAUAAUAAAUUAAAUAGGCAAAGAAGUUUUGAUCGGAUUGGUACACCUUCAAAGAUGUCUAUUAUAUAAGCCAGCCUUUUCCGAUUUGUAUAGCAAAUUGCAGUUGUCAAAAGUUGAAUUAGUGAAAAUUAAUGUGAAGACUGACUUGAAAGGGAUAAAGUGGUUUUAGUGUUACUGUGUAUGGAUUUCAGAGGAAGUUUGUGAUUGUAUGAUAUUAUUCUCGGAAAGGACAGGCUGCAGAAUUGUGCACGAAGGCGUAUGUGUUUUCGCGUGUGUUGUCCGUUUGGUAUUUUUGUCAAAUGUGACAGAGUGCUCUUAUGUCUCUCUUUUGAUUUGUUGAGCAUUCUCUCCUAUAACUUCUAAUAGAAGCUUCAUUUUUGUGGCCUGUCAUAUACAUUAUGUGUCUCAGUUCAAAACCAGUCGUUUAAAGCCUGAAUUGUCACCGUCGCUCACAGUGCAGACGAACUUGGGAUAAAAAUAGAAACGAUGGAAUCCUCAGGGAUUCCCUUGUUUACAGAAAAAGUGCAGUUUUCAUGUUCAUGGAAGAAUGAACGUUAGUUUUUGAGAUCACGUGAUAGCAUUUUAACCAAUCAAGACAUCUAUUACAAAACAGUAAUUAUAAAAUGGACUUAUUAUGUAAUAAAACAAUUAUUGACCACAUUUUGGGCAAUAUCAUGUUUAUGGACCAAAGAACCUGAUAUUGAACUCGGCUGUUGGCCUCGGUCAAUAUAAAUUUCUUCGGUCAAUAAAACAUGAUAUUGCCCUCAAUGAGGGUCAAUAAUUGAUAAGUAAAUUCCAUAGUAUGAAAACAGGUGUUCUCUGUGGGAAGGACUAUAGCUAUAACUACAUGUACCUAUAUUAAAAACUGUUGCCGUGACAGUGUUUAUGAAAACAAAAACAAAAAAACAUUAAAAUAUAUAUAUAUUUUAGUAAUAAAAAAGUGUUACGUAACACAGUUCAGUACACCACCCACCCCCUGUAACGCUACACAACGUUUAGACACCCACUCCAUCGAGUGUUACAUAAUAUUUGAAUGGCCCUAAGGUUGUCACACAACAUAUUUUAAUAUCUUAAUAAUGCAGUAUAAAUAUUAUUUAGUAAAAUAAUAUUAUGAGUUUGUUUACAUUGUAUUUAUACAAUUCUUUGGGGGGAGGGAGGCGGGAUGUAGCUCAGUGGUACAGAG